CGAGCCAUUCGCUUCUCGGACACCGACGCGGUGGUAGUGAUGGCGGACGCCAGGCCUAGCACCGCGACGGCUGCCGAGGAAGCCAAGCCUGACGCGAAGACUCUCCAGGUGCUGCGGGAUAUGGCCAAUCGCCUGCGCAUCCACUCCAUCAGGGCCACGUGCGCUUCGAGCUCCGGCCACCCUACAUCCUGCAGCAGUGCUGCUGAGAUCAUGUCCGUGCUGUUUUUCCACACCAUGAGAUAUAAACAGGAGGAUCCGGAGAACACAGACAAUGACCGUUUCAUUCUCUCCAAGAGACUGUCAUUUGUUGAUGUGGCAACUGGAUGGCUCGGGCAAGGACUUGGGGCCGCUUGCGGGAUGGCAUAUACUGGCAAGUACUUUGACAGAGCAAGCUACCGCGUGUUCUGCCUCAUGGGAGAUGGCGAGACCUCUGAAGGCUCCGUCUGGGAGGCAUUGGCUUUUGCUUCCCACUACAAUCUGGACAAUCUUGUGGCCAUCUUCGACGUGAACCGCCUGGGCCACAGUGGUGCCUUGCCCGUUGAGCACUGCAUAGAUGUCUAUCAGAAGCGCUGUGAAGCCUUUGGGUGGAAUACUUACGUGGUGGAUGGCCGUGAUGUGGAGGCACUGUGCCAGGUGUUCUGGCAGGCAAGUCAAGUGAAGAACAAGCCCAGUGCUGUAGUUGCCAAGACCUUUAAGGGCCGGGGCAUUCCAAGUGUUGAAGAUGCAGAAAAUUGGCAUGGAAAGCCAAUGCCAAAGGAAAGAGCUGAUGCAAUUAUCAAACUAAUUGAGAGCCAGAUACAGACUAACAAGAAUCUUGAACCAAAACCCCCUAUUGAAGACUCGCCUGAAGUCAAUAUCGCGGAUAUAGAAAUGAGCUCUCCACCUGCUUACAAAGUCGGUGAGCAGAUAGCUACUCGGAAAGCAUGUGGUUUGGCUCUGGCUAAGCUCGGCCAUGCAAAUGAUAGAGUCAUUGUGCUGGAUGGUGACACCAAGAACUCCACCUUCUCAGACAUAUUCAAGAGAGAGCACCCUGAGCAAUUCAUCGAAUGUUUUAUUGCUGAGCAAAACAUGGUGAGCGUGGCACUGGGAUGUGCCACCCGUGGUCGGACCAUUGCUUUUGCUAGCACCUUCGCUGCCUUCUUGACCCGAGCAUUUGAUCAAAUCCGGAUGGGAGCCGUCUCUCAAAUCAACAUCAACCUUAUUGGGUCCCACUGUGGGGUAUCUGUUGGUGAAGAUGGUCCCUCCCAGAUGGCCCUGGAAGAUCUGGCCAUGUUCCGAUCCGUUCCCAACUGCACUAUUUUCUAUCCAAGUGAUGCCGUCUCAACGGAGCAUGCUAUUUUCCUGGCAGCCAAUACCAAGGGGAUGUGCUAUAUUCGGACCACCCGACCGGAAACUGCAGUUAUUUACACCCCACAAGAAAGCUUUGUGAUCGGACAGGCUAAGGUCGUCCGCCACAGUGUCAAUGACAAAGUCACAGUUAUUGGAGCUGGAGUUACUCUGCAUGAAGCCUUAGCAGCUGCCGAAGAUCUUUCCAAGCAAGAUAUUUCCAUCCGUGUCAUCGACCUGUUUACCAUUAAACCCCUGGAUGUUACCACCAUUAUCUCUAAUGCCAAAGCCACAGGUGGCCGUAUUAUCACAGUGGAGGAUCACUACCCACAAGGUGGCAUCGGGGAGGCUGUCUCUGCAGCUGUCUCCAUGGAGCCUGACAUCUUGGUCCAUCAGCUGGCAGUGCCCGGAGUGCCUCAGAGUGGGAAGCCGAGAGAGCUGCUGGAUAUGUAUGGAGUCAGUGCCAGACACAUCAUAGUGGCCGUGAAAUGUAUUUUAAUGAACUAAAAUACAU